CGGGUGGGACACCCAGCUCCUAUUUCUCUCCUCUACCUUCUCUCCUUCUCCACCAGCUCCUCCCUCCACCAUUCCCUUCCUCCUCUCUCCCCCACCUUUGUGUUCUCUCCUUCCCCUUUCUCUCCUCCCCUUCUCUCUAUCUGUAGUCUGGAGGACAGGACGGGAUCCGAGGUGACACAGGACUUCUGAACUCUCUCAUUGGGGUGAGAUACCCACUCUCCUUAGUGUCCACUGGCACUUUCUCUCUAUCCUCCACCCCUCUUUAGGGGCCCUUUAUCACUCUUCCCCAGUAGACUUAGACAGAUUUUUGCCCAAGGGUUUCUAAAAAGGUAGAUCCCCAGCUGAUGUACAACUUCAACUCCCAAGAUCCUUUUUCAACGGUAGGCUGGCAAAGCAGCACGAAAAUUAUAUUAUUAUAGUUCUAGAAUGGCUGCGCUUAUAUAUAUAUACACACAUCUUUUAUUCACACUAUUAGCCAUGACCUGUUCUACCAGUCAUCCCCAUGUUGCUUUCCUUCCCUUACUGCAUUUAAUCUCUCAUUCUGUAAAAUGUAUGAAUUGUUUGCAGAUACAUUUGUUAUUUUUUUUUUUCCAUGACAGUGUUUUCUAAAUGUCUAAGGAAGUAAUUUCAUGGUCACCUGUCCCUGUGUUUUUCUUCUGUGUGUUUGUUUUGCCACUCUGUCAUUGUUACAUUAGUGUUACUUUUCACAAUGUGCUGUUUAUGAUUUCUGUAUUUUGCUAUAGCCUCCUAGGUGCCAGGGUGUGCAGAUUCACAUUGGCUCCUAUCUAUCUCACUGUUCCUCCCUCCUCCAUGGCAUGUGAGUGACGGCAAAGAGGACGCAAUGCCAGUAAGUGACUACUGUUUGUUUGCAUGUUUAUACCGUGCCAUUUAGUGUAAAUGCAUACCACACAAUUCAUAACAAUUGAUCCCCUAUUCACUCUGUGUCCUUCCUCACUGCCUUAUCUCUUGACAUUGAGCUGUUAAAUUGUGUAGUUGGUAAUUAAAGUGCUCAAACUGGGCAAGGUGAGUGUUAAGUCUAGAAUUUAAAACGUAGGCCAUACUAUUUAUAUUAUAUAGAAAAAUUGAAUAAGUUGAAUAAUGUUUACCACUUGUUUUUAUGGCCUAAUUUUAGAAAUUCGUUUCACAUUUUAGUUGAUAAAAUCCAAUGUGUCUGUAUAUUUUUCUCAAACUGCAUCACCCAGUUUACAUGAAUGAAUCUGACAUGAUACUUUGAUUUGAUGAUUUGGCUCAACUGAAAAAAAAAAAUAGAUUAGCCAUGACAUAUGAAUAAUAAUAUUUCCAAUACACCAGCAAGCACUUACAGCACCUGUUAAUUAUUUCAACAAACUCAUGUUAUGAUUGCUAAUAGCAGCAUCAUGGUUAAUAUUGCAUAUUAUCUGCCACCAUUUUAUAAUGCUUUAUCACAUAACAAUGGAAGACAGUCAGAUGGAGCCUCCUUAGAUAGGUUUAUUUCUCUGCUAGUGCUGGCCAUUCAGCUGGCUGAGUAAGAUGGGGAAUGUAGUUCAUAACAGCUGCAGCGCCAAAGGUUAGGAAUGACUGUUAUGGGAUCUGUGCUAUGUGGCAUGCGUUUUCAAUUCAGCACAAUUCAUAGUUUAGAGAAUGUGUAUAGAGUUUCUGUCAGCAUGUAAAUGAGGCUCAUCAUAACUGCAGUGUAUAUUAAUAGAUGAAAGGCCCCAGAUCUCACUUUACACAUUUCAAGUCACGCACCAGUUUUAGUUUUUGUGCAUGUGGCAUCCAUUUUAAUGCAUGCCAGGAAUUCCUGCAGAACUGCACCUGCCUCCUGGUACUUAUUGUCUCUAGGGGCAUUUCAAAUAUUGUAUGAUAUGGUAUUCUAAAUCCUCUCAUUGAGGUGGAUAGUCUUAGGCGCUCACCAUGCAUCCCUCUGUGACACACCACAAUAUACCAUUAGCAGGCGACAAAAGUGUACAAUUAGCAGAUUUAGGGUAUUCCCCAGACUACACACUUUUUCAGCCAGCAGCAGAGUGGUUGUUGCCUGUUCAGUUCUGUCUGCACAUGUCCCUUAUUUCCUGUUCUACUAUAGCAGACUCUCAAGAUGGAAAUUAUAUUUUCUUGGCCUUAUUUCUGCGUGGAUGGCAGAGUAAAAUACAAUUGUGUGUGGUGCGUAAAUCAAAGAAGUGUUGACUUAAAAAUAUUGGCUUUGUCUACAAACGUGUGGAGUACCAAUAUAGCAUCUUUCAUUAUGGUGUAUUUUUACAGUGCAGUAUAACCUAUAUUUAUUGCCACUUCCUUUGAGCAGAGGAGUGCAUUUCUUGUACCUACUGCACCUGAAUGGAAACUGGAAUGUUGAUGGCUUAGUCCCAUGACUCACAGUCAGAAGAUAAGUGGCUGAGAAUGAUGGAAAUACAGUCCAAGUGAUCUUGAGUGUAUUUUGUAUAUAGGCCUCCAGUUUGCACACCACACACCUUUUCUUAUGUGAUGAUUUCUGAGCAUAAUGGGACUUGUAGGCAGAUAUUUUCUCUGCAGACAGUUGAACAGAUUUGUACUGUGCACACUGACAAACUGCUCCCUGUGUCUUUAUUCUGUUUCAGGGAUGAUGUCACCACCACAUGUUCUGUUCUCUUAAGGGGACAAGUAUUUUCUGCAUAAUGGGAGAGAGACAGGGCAGGGUGAGGAGAAUGCUUUUUAUAAGCUUCCCUAAAGACAUAGUUUCACCUCAGAGACAAAGAAAUGGAGAUGUAGUAAAAGGCCUGCUUGUGUAUAGCCAUAUAUAAUAGGGAAUGUCAAGAGAACAUCACAGCUUUGUUUGCCUCGGCAUCUUUUUCCAGCCACAGAUAUCUAAGGAUUUUGAUGAUGUUGCGCAUUUUUUUGGUUGACAGGGAUUUCUGUUGGAUUAAAAUGACUAGUCUAAGACAUCUCCCUCUGAUAACUCAGGAUUCAUUGGCCUAGCUGUCUGUUUUGUGAUGUUUUUAGUUUUAGUACCUGUCUGGGAUUUGUGAUAUCUCUCCAUUGAUGUGAGCUUUUCUGGCUUGUAGUGUAUAUCACAAUUUGAGUGUAUCCCAAUAUGUGGUGUUUGUUUGGUUAUUAGGUUUGUAGUGUUUGUUCCUGGAUUGGACUCUUUGCUCUUUCAAAUUUAGGUGAUAAAUGUCACUGAACAGAAAUCUAUUUUGAUUGUUAAUUGUCUCUAUUUGUUUUAGAAAAUGGUUUGUUGGUACCAUCCUGUUUAUAAAGGCCCCUCUCUGAGAGUUGUCACUAAACCUUUAUAUGUAAAUGUCCCAGGGUGAAUGCACUUCCCUCCUGCUGUGUUAGGUUCUUUGCGUGGAGGUGCCAGACUGUAUGAAAUACUCUGAAUGCAGUUGUUUAUCCCUAUAGCAUUGCAAAGCUGGGAGUAUAAUGUUCCAUGAUGUUACUGUUUAUAAAGGUCCCUGCCUGGUUAAAAUACUUUUAUUUAUUUAUUUUUCUAAUGUAAAGGUCAAUCCCAAUUGCUUUUAACUACUGGGUUUUGUCUGACACAAAAUUUGCUCCACUUGCUCUUUCAGUGAAUCUCCAUUGUUUUAAACAGGCUAUUCAUGAGGCAGGCUACUGCCCACAGACAAUUGGUUACUGUAGCAGUGCCUUAUUCCGUGCAAAGGGAGACCCUCUCUGACACUGGAAGAGAACUGAAGGUGUGAAGUUGAUUAUUUCCUUAUUGUAAAUUAUAAUUUUAAGGGGUCACUUAACCCAUGUGGCAAUUAAGGAAUGUGCCAGUAAGAUAAAUCAUGUGCAUCAUUUGGUGUAUUGAAAAAUAUGUGUAUGAAUCUCUGAACAAAGAUUAUUUUGCUGGAGUUUAAUGUAACAUAUAUGUUUUGCUUAGAAUUGAAUCCAAGGAAUGCAGAAAACCAAGUAUUAUUAUUUUUUAAAAGAAUCCUUUAAUUCGCAAACAAAAAAAACAAGUUUGCCAUUGUUUAUUACUUGCAUGGAAUCCAGCCCACUUUGUGACAUUGUACUAAAAUAUGUGAAAGCUUUCAGGAAGUUUAUCUGAUAUUCCUGCCUGACUGUUUACAAUUCACAGUGCACAUCAAAGGUGAGAGACUGAAGGCAGGACUUACUUGUCAAUAGUAGCUGGUAUGCUAUGCUUGUGCAAAAUCACUGUCCACAGAGAAACCGUAAACAUGUAGGGAUUAUAUGAUUAUGUGUGGGGACUAUUGACUAAACAGUGAGAUGUGUUGGGGGACUUCAUCUGGGAACAUUGAAUUGGAGUUCCACUCAGUAUGGGGCUAACAGACAGGUCUGUUUCUUCCUUUGUUCAUGUGCCACGUGGAUAUGCUAGAAUUUACUCAAAAUAAGCCCAGACUUGAGAGAAGAUAUGAUUGUAGGUUCGGGGCACUGUUGAACUGCGUGGCCGGAUUUGAUUCAUCCUCUAUAAUUAGUAGGAUUCGACCAACUGCUGUGUUGGUCUGUGUUCAUCUCAGGGUAUUUUGUGAUGGUAGUUUGAACAUAAUGCAUGCGCAGGUUUCAGCUCCUGUCAAAGCAGGUCACUCUUACUUUAGGGCUCUAAGAGAGUUGUUUUCAAUGAGUGUUGCACAGAUCCAUGGUACAGUUCUUCCAUUCUUGCUUAUGGAAAUCCAGAACAGACAUCUUCCAGUGGGUAAUACACUGUUUUUGUAUUCCUGUCUGUGAGUUGAUUAUUCUGAAAGACAUUUGCCUGUGCCACCAGACUAAACAUGUUACUUUGUGAGUGUGAAUGUAAAUUAAGGGAUGUGGUUAUCCCUGUCCUUAAUUUACCUCAUCAACCUCCACUAUAUCUAAGCGGGAGACGAGCAUCAUACACCCUGACUCUUCUUGGCUUCCUGACGAGCGACCCGGCGCCUCAAAAACUAUUGCGGCCUACCUGUGGGAGCGAGUGUGGGAGACACGGCCGAUCUCCCGACUGGCUUAUCUGCUGGAACAUGUGCACGUCAGCAGGACUCCCGAUUCUCCCCUCCCCCCCCCCACUGCUGGUGGGGGUUAUCCAGGCCCCAGUAUCCAGGCUCUACUCACUGGUGGACUUGUGACUUAGCUCACAAUCCUGCGGUGUAAAUCUUAUCCCCUUACUGGAGCCAAGAUGGCGGACGACACCUAACACACCACAAGGCCUAGUGGAUACUACUUUGGUGCGACUAGAUGCCAUCUUCAUGGUCUUUUGGCACACGCUUGAGGAGAGGCGAAGAGAAGUAAGCCUGCCACAACACUUACCUCCCAAAGCCAAGCGCAACGUGUUGGUCACUACACAUCGAACGAAACAGGGAAAAGGGUCUGGACCUCCUUCCACACUUCUGAGUCCCUCAUGGUUCAAGACCCGCUCCUGCAAUCCCAGGCUGAAACCCUCAAGGGAGAUAAUCCCAUUGCCUCUCCCACACCCUCAGAUUAUGAUUCAACGCUGCUAUCCUGUAACCACGGCCUUCUGAGAUCCUGCUCCCGGGACCAAGAGUAAUCAGGGCAGUGGGAACUGCACACAGGCUGUUCAAGUGGCCUGGGGCCAGCGAAGGGGCCGAGCACGGACCUCUGGGACUCAGUCCAGAUAUGGGACAUUUGUGGCAAGUGUUGGGGUUGGGUAAACCCAAAAACAAAGCAUGAAUGCACGUGGUACACGAAGCUGCUUCGCCCCCAUUAUGUCCCAUGCCGUGUGCCCUACCUGUAAUGUCCACCCACCAGUGAUAAACCAUAGCGGGGCAGUAACUAUUGCUCUCUGUUCAUCAGUGGUUAAAACUAUGCUCAAACCAUAUGUUAAUAUAGCCUGAUCCUUAUAAGCUAUCACCAUGUCUAGCUAUAUGAUAUUAGUUAACAGUCCUUAUUAAUUGUAUUAGUUUUGUUUCAUAUGCUUACUAUGUCCUGAUUGGAAGGCUUUCUCAGAUCUAAGCUUUGUUCUUAUACCUACAUAGGCACUACCCCUGUUUACUGAUCUGGAUACAUAGAUAGAAACUAAUGUCCAAUGGAGCUGCAGUGGAACUACUACCCUCUAGUCACCUAUGCCUGUCUGUUCUCUAUUGCACAGUAAAAAUAAAGAAUAUAAAAAAAAUGUGUGAUGUCUCUGGUCCAUGAAUGUUUCAAGGCUGUGUAAAACAUUCUGUUUACGUUUUCUGUCUAUAAACUGCACCUGCUGCUUAUAAAGUGCUGCCCUGCAGUAUGCAGAAUCCACAUGUUCCAAAAAGGAAAUCAGUCAAUUAUUUGGACAUCUCUUAGGGACCACCAUGAUUGAUUGAUUUCCUUCUGUCAGCAUAUUGAUUAUAGAAGAUGCUAUACAGACAGCACAUUUACCCAGUUACAGCUUGUAGAAAAAUACCAUUUUGGCAACUAUAUAAUUAUCUAAUUUAGAAUUCUCUAAAACAUUCUGGUUACAUAUGUUCUGAGACUCCUAAAAAAUAUAAUAUGUUCCUGAAUAGCACCUACAUUAUUUAAACAUAAAUAGUCACAUGAACACUAACCAAAAAGUGUUGUUUUCGAUGUUCUGUAAUGGAGCUUCGUCCAUUUUUCAGGAUACUCACCUCCUCUACAACCGUUCCUGCGCUGACACUGGCCCACCUUUGUGAGCGUGAAUUGCCUCUCUUUGGGAAAGCCCUGGAUUACUUUACCAACGCCGGCUUUCAAAGCUAAUUUCGGCCAGUGCAGAGAGGGUAUGCAGGCAAUACUGCAGACAGACAUUGGCAUAGAGUCUAUACCGUUAGUCUGUCUGCCAGGGAAGGGGAGCGUAUAUUUUUAUGAAAGAUUGCACAAAAUGUGCUAGUAAUUUCGCUAGCACAAUGUUUAGAUGAAAUUGUCUGCAUAAUAAGAAUAUCCAAUCAAAAAGAUGAAGUACAGAUAUCCUUUAAAUAUAUAGGUCAACAACUCCUUAUAUUGGCUACGGGUGUUUGUUCAAUGUUUGUGUUUUUAGGGAUGCCAGUUCCUGUUGGAUUUCCUUAUUAAAUGGAAAGUUACACUUAAAUGUAUUAAAAAAAUUGUAUGCUACAGAAAAGCUUGAGUCACGCUGAGUUUUUUUUUAAACACCUAACUGUAGUGAAUUAAAAUGCAAAUUGUCGUAUUCAGGCAAAAAAAAAAAGUUAAUUUUGAAAAAAAAUCGACAACUCAGCUGUAGUCAGAGCUUGUCUCUUUUUAUCCUAAAGUUUGAGAUUUGACCUAAUUCACUACAAUUGUGUUUUACAGUCUAGUAGAUAAAGGUUACUUUGGUCAGUAAAUUUGCACCUAGUAUCAAUAUAAAGGAAGUAAAUUAAGGCUUAAAGUCAGACCCCAGGGGUCCAGUGUCACAAUGUAAUCAUUAAAUGCUUUGAACUGCAUGUUUGUGGGUCUGUCUUUCUCUAUGUUUUGUGUGUCUCUCACUUUUUAUCAAUGUUUGCUUUUUAGUUUAAGUCACAUAGUUUAACUCUUUGAUAUGGACUAGAACUCACGAACUACAAACAGAGUGUAUUUGUUGGAACUGCUCCUCUGUUUUCAGACCUGGGUGCCAGAAUUUCCACAAAACGUGCACACAAAAUCCUGCAGGUGCACUCUUGUAACACAAAUGAUUUAUUAAGGCACUCAUCACAGAACAGCAGAUUCUGGUUCUUUUCUUAUGCAAAACAAAGUUUCUCCUAAUGAGAGAAACAAAGGUUGCCAAAGUCUGUGGUUCUUUAUGUAGCCCCAGCCUAUUUACGGGCCACGUGUUAUUAAAAUCUCUGACUCAAGUGACAACAUAAUGUACAGAAAUAUUAUUAUUAUUAUUGCCAUCUAUAUAGCGCCAACAGAUUCCGUAGCGCUUUACAAUAUUAUGAGAGGGGGGAUUUAACUAUAAAUAGGACAAUUACAAGAAAACUUACAGGAACGAAAGGUUGAAGAGGACCCUACUUCAAACAAGUUAACAGUCUAUAGGAGGUGAGGUAUAAAACACAAUAGGACAGGAAAUAGCAAUCACAUAAGGGGUGAGUGAACCUUGCUGGAGGAGAGAGUAGAGUGCUGUCCUUUAGGAGAGAGCAAAGGACAGGUAUGUGAGGUAGAGAUUACUGUGGGAGGCCAUAAGCUUUCCUAAAGAGAUGGGUUUUAAGGCUCUUCUUAAACGAUUGAAGACUAGGGGAGAGUCUGAUGGCAUUAGGCAGGCUAUUCCAUAGGAGAGGAGCCACCCGCGAGAGGUCCUGCAAGCGUGAGUUGGCCGUACGGGUGCGAGUUGCGGACAGGAGAAGAUCAUGGGCAGAGCGGAGAGACCGAGAAGGAGCAUACCUAUGGAUCUGUGAGGAGAUAUGAGGGGCUAGUAUUGUUCAGUGCUUUAUAGGUAUGGGUUAGCACUUUGAAUUGACUCCUAUAGGAUACAGGAAGCCAAUGUAAGGACUGACAGAGGGGUGAGGUGUGAGAGAACUGACUGGAGUUGAAAAUCAGUCUGGUCGGCAGCAUUCAUUACAAACUGUAGCAGGACAAUACGUCUUUUGGGAAGACCAAUUAGGAGAGGGUUACAAUAAUCCAUGUGGGAAAUUACUAGAGCAUGGAUACACAAUUCACUUAUAAUGUAGGGUUAUAAAACAUGGUCCUGUGCUCCAUUCAAAUCCUGAUUAAUACUCCUACCAAACUGGCUAGUAGUAACUUAAAGAAACACUCCUGUGUGGACAAUUUAAUUCUCAAUUCAUUUUAUAAAUAAUGCAUUAAAAUGUGCACCAUGAGGCAAAUUCUCAAGUACUACAUCCCAUUUACUUAUAGGGGAUAAUUACUGGGCAUCCGUUAGUAUGCUGGUACACAAACAGACUCUCAGUAAUUGUUAUGUAAAUCAAUGGAGGAAUACAAGUAUUUUAAUAGUGAUGCUUACAGUCUUGUCAUGCCUUCAAACAAUGUAUGAAAUAACAUUUGUAGGAUCAACAACACAUCACAUCUCUCAGUUCCUUCUUCUACACCCAGUCGGUCAGGAAUAAUGGAAAUCGCUGUGGUUUAGUUUUUAUAUAUCUAUAAAAUCUGGAACACUGUUAGAUUUUCAAGUUUGCCACCGCCACUUCAGCAGUAGACAUUGUGAGUCUAUCCCCAAGUUACUUUAAAGCCUAAAUAUUUUGUUUUUGAAUUGUAUCUGCAGGCACAGCUGGCCCUGGCUCUGUAUGAUAAUGCAGCAGAAGCUCCUGAAGAGCUUAGUUUCCGAAAAGGAGAUGUGAUAUUGGUUCUAGAGCGAGAUGCCCCUGCGCUAGGAGGAUGGUGGCGAUGUUCUUUAAGAGGACAACAGGGAAUUGCCCCUGGGAACCGAUUACGGCUUCUUCCAGAAACCUCCUCACAUGAAAACGAAUACCAGGCUCCUCGUCUUCUAGGUGCCAGUGGAGAUCUUAACAGUCAGGGUCAGGAGCCACAAAUCAGUGUGGAUACAUCACAAGCUCAGGCAGGCACUGAGGUUAGGUAUAGAUAUAAAGACAUAUUUUAGUCAUACUAAGAUAAUGGUGAAGAUAUUCAUAUUUCCCUUUCUUUUCCUAGGUAUAUCAGGUUCCUUCCAUAGCCCGUCUUUGCCUUUCCCCUACACAUAACCAAGCUCAGGAUGAAAUUUACAACUCACCACGUCUGGUUGGAGUAUCUACACAACAAUUGACGGAGGUGAGGACACUUGGAAAAUGUCAGCAGUCAUACAAGACCAAAUGCACAGUCUUCACAGACAGUUUAAUCAUGUUCCAGUCUACAGGUAUUCUGUAUAAUAAAAUAAAAGACAUUUUAAUGACCAUCAACCCAUAUUGCAAAUGUUCCUCCUGAUCCUCCCACCACUUUUAUGCCAUCAACAGCUUGUGAAUACCUAUGUAUUCCACUUGUGAGUAAAACUUCAUGCACUAUAGAAUGCACAAUCUGCCAGUAUUGAAUGUGCAUAUCUUUGUCAUGGCCGAAAUCUUACAUAGUUCCAUCUUCUGCUUUCUCCACUGGUAGCUGUCUUAUACUUGCACACUGUAAGAUUUUUACUUCACUAUAACAAUCAUGUUAUGCUUUCCUGUUCUGCUACAGGUAUAUGACACACCUUCUGCACUGCAACGAGAUGUUUUCUCAGCCUCUGAAAUAUAUGACAGUCCAGCAUUACGAGUGAAAGAUGUGGCUGUGGUGCCCCCUGUGUCUGAAGAAAUUCCUGAGGACAUCUAUGAUGUACCUCCUGCAUUACACUGCAUUACUCAUAAUGAGGAUGAUGAAGAUGAAGGCGUUUACUCCCUACCUUCCAACCUAAAGCGGGUGUCAGGGCUGCAAAAUUUGUACGAGGCUCCUGAAGAUAUCCUGAGUUCAGGCCAUCUCCCAGAAACAGUAGAGCCAGUCAAUACCCAUAGACUUUCUGUUUCCAGCACAGGCAGCACCCGUUCUGCAGAUUCUGGAGAAAGUCGGGAGUCUAGCAUACAAUCUCUGCACAGCUUGGAUACCCGUAAUGAUGGUAAUUGUACAGUGGAGGGUUUGAGAUUGCUGCACCAAGAACUGCAACGGACAGUGGCACCUGUGAGUGAUAAGGCGGAGGGAGGCUCAAUAGACAGGUGCCAAGAACAUCUGAUAUCAGCGCAGGGAAUGGAAGCUCUGAAGGAUUUUCUUGGCUUGGCACAGGUUGUUCUUCUUCGAUCCUGCCAGGCUUCAGACCCUGCUCUUCAUCGGGAACUUUCUGAGCACCUAGAGCAUUUGGAGCAUGCUUUAAGGGAACUUGUGGAUGGAGGCAUGGAGGUGUCUUUGAUUAAACUGGUACAGGAGCAUAGCGGAUGUAUUGUUAAACUGGUUAGUGCUAAUGCUGGCCUCCUUUUCCCACGUCCAAGAUUAUCAUCUAGUGAGAGUCUUUCUCGGCGCCCACUUCCAGCUCUACCCACUGCAUCCCCUGCCCCUUUUCGUAAGGGCAGCAUCCAGGAUAGACCUCUGCCACCCCCACCAACUCUUAUUUGUCCAACAAGUGAUCAUGAAGAGAAUGCUGACAGUGAAUAUGAAAGAAUACAGUGCAGAGACAAUCAUUAUGUUCAUCUACAGGUAAAGAAACAAUUAUAAUUUUGUAUUCUUCACCUUUUUACUGCCCAUGAUACAGCUUUUUAUUUUUAACAUCUCCUUCAAAAAAAUAGUAAAUCAUUUUAUUUUUGUGAAUAAAAGCAGAAAGAAAUUCAGCGCUUAUAAAAUACUGAUACAGUUCAAAAGGCAGCUUAAUCACCAAAUCUCUUUUGUCCAGUAGAAAAUGGAAAAGGUAGGUGUAGCGCCUAAGGUGUCCUUGAAGGUAUAUGUAAAAAAAGAAGAAACAGAACUAGUAGCGUAUUACAUAAAAAUUCAUAGAAAAAGUUCACUCACACUUUUCAAGAGCUUAGGUUCAGCUCCAACUUGAGCUGAACCUAAUAUCCUAAUAUCCUAAAAAAUGUGAGUGAACCAAUUUUCUCCAAUUUUCCGUAAUUUUUUUAUACAACUCAUUUAAAGCGUCCUCUAAAGGUGUCCUUGGAGGUUUAUGUAAAAAAAGGUGUCCUUGAAGGUAUAUGUAAAAAAAAGAAGAAAAAGUACUAAUAGUGUAUUACAUAAAAAUUCAUAGAAAAAGAAUUUUUAAAAAGUUCACUCACACUUUUCAAGAGCUUAGCUUCAGCUCCAACUUGAGCUGAACCUAAGAUCCUAAAAAAUGUGAGUGAACUAAUUUUCUGCUUUUUCCAUCUUAUUCUACGAAAUACACUAUUAGUUCUUUUUUUUUGUUUAUUUAUUUUACCUUCCUCUUUCAGUUUAUUUUUGUGUUGCUCAUUUCAUACUCCAAGAUGUUCCUAGUGUUCAUCCAUGCCCCCAUAUUGCAUCACCUCAGUUUCUUGAUCUAGUAAGCAUUUAUUUUACCCUGUCACCAUCCAGUGGUUUUACAUAGUAUCUGUCUUUGCAUUCAUUGUCCAUUGCCUAGUAUUGUUAUCUUGUGCAUCUUAUUUUUCUAGGGAACUGCUGCAUCACAGACUGUACCAAAGCCCAGAGAUAAACAUACAAACACAGUGCAGAAAUGUUCACAGGAGAAAGAGGUGAGUGCAGCCGAGACUAGAUCUAGGACCAGGAUCUACUAGACCAGGAAACACUAAUCAAUAUUUAGUGAUUUACUGAAAUUAAAACUUGGUAGAAUUAUUUUUGGCAGUAAUCACAGCUGUAAACUAUUUUAAUCUGUAUUUUUUGACAACUAAUUUUAUCAAAAUAACUUACGCCUUAUUAGUUUGGAUAGUGAUAGUUAGUGAAUUGCAAUUAUAUAUUUCUACAGAUUGUGAGUGGAUUGAGGUCUGAACUUCAACUUAUCCAUUCUAAGACAUUUAGGUUCUUGACUUUAACUCAUUGUAGUGUAGGUUUGUCUGGAUAUUAUUUAGGGUCAUUAUCCAGAUGAAAGGUGAGCCUCUCAAGUGUAUUGCAAACUGAAACAGGUUUUCCUCUAUAAAUUACCUGUAUUUUGCUUCAUCUCUGGCAGUGCAAAGUAUCCCUACAACACAAUACCAGCAUGCUUAACCAUAAAGAAGAUUUUUUUUUUUCUCACCAGUCAUCCAUAUGGCUGUCUAGGUCUGUUUGGCAUCUAGGUUAUAGUUGUCCCACAGGGAAGUUGGGGGGUGUACUCCCAUCUUAUCUUCUUCCAGCUCCUUCAGAGUCACCAUUGGCAUCUUGGUUAUUUCUCUGCCUACUGUCUUCCUUGCCAGGUUACUGAGUUAUGUUAGAUACCCUUCUAGAGGCACAUUUGUGGUUGUGUAAUACUCUUUGCAUGUCUGUAAUAAUGCAUUUACUGGUUCUCAUGAGGAUAUUCAAAGAUGUAUAUUAUAAUCCAAACCUGAUUGGUGACCAUAAUCUUAGACUUGUUUGCUUUCUUACUGGUGUUUAUGAUGUUUGAUUAAGCCAUGAUCUGUCACAAAGUCAUGGACCUUUUGAGGAACAGGUGCAUAUAUAUUGUGAGCAUGUGACACUUUAAUUGCAUACAAAACUAAAGUGGGAUAGCCAAACGUUUUAGAAUGAUGAUGGGGCCUCCAAAUAUGGUAGCAAACAAAGAUAAAGGCUCUGUUAGGAGCCGAAAUGUUGCCGCUCUUCAUCUAUUAUAUUUAUAUAUAUAUAUUUAUAUAUAUAAUUUUUUAUAAUUUUAAAGGCAGUUUUUUGCACCAGGGAAUAUUUACAGGAUUUCUAGCAUUAGGCUUAAUCCAACAAGUUAGUAAGGUUUAUUAAAUGAAAAUGUAGAACACCAGAAUCCUGACUCCCAGUAUUGUGAAACCAUUUGACAAUUUACCUGUGGUCCCCUGGGUGCCUACCGCCACCUCCUCUGUAGCCUGAAAAGUCCACUGAGCUAAGCCCUGUUGAGCACUGCACGCCCUGAGGACUCUAUAGUUUACUUCAAUUCCAAAAUACAAUUAAUUUGCAGAUGCUAUUAGUGUGGAUGUAAUGGUACAAUAUCAGUAUACAUCACUAGACUAGAAAGCAAGAUUGACUAGUGCAAUGCGUAGAUCAAACAGUCCAUGUUAACGUUUUGCCCAAGUUGAUUUAGCUUUACAAGUGCUGAGGUAGGGUUCACCUUAUUUUUAUUACCUUAUUCACCUAUUUUGCAUUAUGGACAUUUAUUGGUUGAAAAUGUUAGCACGAAAGUAUUUUAAUUAUAACAGUUAACUCUAUUGCUACAAUGUAAAGGUAUGAACAUUAAAUUCCAUCAAGAUUUCCAUAAAAUCACAGCAUUAACACAAUCAGACUUUAGUGGAACAUAUUGCUGUAAAAGUUAGGGGCGCCAAAGCAGAUUUACCAUUGAAUGAAAGCACUGACUUGCUCAACUGAAUUUUUGCAUUUCAGACAAACACCAGCAUAGAACCCUCGGAGGAAGAUUUGCAGUUGUUGCGGUUUUAUGCAACUCAAAGUAACGGCCACCUGCAGACUCUGCAAUCCUGUGUUGGUGCCUUCCUAAACAGUGCAAGCUCACAGCCUCCCCGUGUGUUUGUGGGACAUGGAAAGCAAUUGGUCAUUGCAGCCCACAAGCUUGUGUUUAUCGGUGACACGCUCGGCAGGCUGCUAGGAUGUGCUCAGCUGCAAACAAAACUAGCAGGGGAAGGAAGUGCACUAUGCCAAGCACUUAAGGAAGUAGUUCUAGCAACAAAGGAGGCAGCAGCCCUGUAUCCAUCACCUGCGGCACUCAAAGCUAUGGCAAGUAGCGUCUCAGCACUGUGUACCUGUGCACGAAGCUUUACAGACUUGUUGCAAAGUUUGGCUAGCUGAAGUCUGCAGAACAAAGCCAAGAAUGUUGCAUAGUUUGAUGUAUCAUCCAGGUAAUAUGGCAAACAGCUUAAUAUCUCGGGGCUUAUGGCUGUGUCUGACCAGAAAUAGCAAUCACCUGCCAUCCUUAACACUUUACAGUCUUGUUUGUAUAUACCUUUUUAUUUUUUGUAUUUUCUGUUCAUUUUGUUUUUUAAACAAAUUAUUUAUUUUUUAUGAGCAUAAAAAAAUGACUCUGCUGUGGUUUCAAAAUAAAUAGUUAUAGGUAAUGAAUUUGAUGAGAUAUCUUGAUACAUAUGUUCAGUAUAGUAAUGAAAGUUGGCUUAUGUUCACAAAGUAAAUGGAUUCAGUAUAAAAGAGAGGGCAGUCUUCCUUCAAUAAAAAUGCACUACAUUUUCUCUUAUACAAAACAGCAUGUAAUGACUGUUACAAACAUAUGCUUGAACACUCUGUAAGGUGGGUAUUUUUCCCUCUGCCUGGAUAACUGCAGAUCCAUGUUUUUCAGUCUCUCCACUGUGUAAUCUUCCCAUAGUUCUCAUUCAGUCAUUCAGGGUUAUUUGCUAAAGUGAGAAGCCAAGUUUCAAGUUUAAGUUUAAAAUAGUAAAACUGGAAAAAUUAUCUUACUAAAAUAUGCUUCCAGUUCUGCUUCUUCAGCCUUAAAUUUGAGAUUCACUUUAAAUGCUCACUUUAUUUAAUUGACCUACAGAGGUAUCUUAGAAUUCUCCAUAUCAUAGCAUCCUCUGUUUCUUUUAGAAUACAAUCGUGCUUUUUUAACUUUCCCCAUUUUUCAGCCAUCCCCUAUUAUUGUUACUCCAUAUAACAAUACAGAAUGUUCCGCAUCCAUACGCAUAAAUGCAUACAACAGAGUAGAACACUGAAACAGAAGGCUGCCAUUGGAAACAGAAAAGGGACAACUGUAAAAUAAUUCAGCAUUGACUGGGAUAAGCAUAAGACGGGCUCAAACAAGAUUAAAAAAAAUUUAAAAAAGAACAAGGUUUCGAAAGAGAAGAUUUUGGGGCUAAAUGGACCUUUGUAUCUGUGAUGGAAAAGGUCUAGUAAUUAAAUACAUAAGAUACAAAAUAUUUCUUAGCUCAG